AUGUCUAUGUCUAGUGCAACUAUGUCCAUGGCUAGUGCAACUAUGUCCAUGGCUUCUGCAACUGCUUCAUCUUCUAUGAGUAUGGGUAUGAAGAAAGGUGGGUGCAAAAUUUCCAUGCUUUGGAACUGGAAUACGGUAGACUCUUGUUUUAUUGCUAAAUCAUGGAAAGUAUCUUCCAAGGGUUCAUUUGCUGGUUCAUGUAUUGGAGUCUUCUUUCUUUGUAUUGCUGCUCAAUGGCUUCAUCGCUUCUGUCGGGAAUACGACAUAGCCAUCGGUAAUAAAUAUGUCGCAAGAACUUCUCUUAUGAACGGUGUAUCUGAAGAAGGUUCCAAUUCUUCCUAUGAUGAAAAGAAAUUGGUCAAUGCCGGCUCUAGUCCAACCUUGGCUAAAGAUCCUUUGGUGUAUACCCUUUCUCACAAAUGGUUGUUCACGUGGUUGACGGACGCCACGUUUGCUAAUGCUUAUGAGCACUUGGUGAGAACGUUACUUUUCACUGUUGAAUGGGGCCUUUCGUACUUUAUCAUGCUUUUAUUCAUGUACUACAACGGGUACAUUAUCAUUUGUUGCAUAUUGGGUACAAUGGUUGGAAGACUCUUGUUCACUUAUAAUGAGCCACUUGUUUAUUGUGGCCAGAAUGUUGCUGCUGCUGAUAGUCAUGAUGCAGAUAGAAAGUGUUGUCGCUAG